GCUAGAACAUCCCUCUGUGGGUGAGGGAGGGGGCGUCUGCACGAGUCUUAACUGCGUUGUUGUGGGCUUACAUCACUGGAUCGUCACAGGGUUUUCAGUCCGAGCAGAGAGGCAGCGCAUUAUCAAUCCAAGGUGCUUUCUCACAGCUGUCAGUCCUCAGACACCAGAGCCCCAUUGACUGGUUGGCAAACAGAACAAGGCAACAUACUGCAGGAGGACAGACAGGCAUCAUGACACAGGGCAAGUUGUUACUUGCGAACAAAUCCGCCAAUGGCUCCUCCAGUGGAGAGGCCACGGUGGCACCAGCUCCUCCCAGCUACGAGGAAGCCACCGCAGGCACCAGUGCUCCCUGCUACAGUGAUGCAGAGAUGCUCACAGAGUUCACUUGGGAUGAUCGCAACAUCAGGAGGGUCUUCAUCCGAAAGGUGUAUGCCAUCUUGAUGAUCCAACUUUUGGUCACUUUUGCUAUUGUGGCUAUUUUCACAUUCUGUGACCCUGUGAAGGAAUACAUCCAAAGCAACCCUGGGUGGUACUGGGCCUCUUACGCCGUGUUCUUCGUCACAUAUCUGACCCUGUCCUGCUGCUCUGCACCAAGGAGACAGUUUCCAUGGAAUCUGAUUCUGCUUGCCAUCUUUACCCUCUCCCUCUCCUACAUGACGGGGAUGUUGUCCAGUUUCUAUAACACCAAGUCAGUGGUGAUGUGUCUGGGCAUCACAGCAGCUGUUUGUCUCGUGGUCACAGUCUUCAGCUUCCAAACUAAGUUUGAUGUGACCUCCUACCAAGGUGUGCUCUUUGUCUUCUGCAUGGUCAUGUUCAUCUCUGGCAUGGUGCUGGCACUCGUCCUUCCAUUUCAAUACGUACCAUGGUUGGAUUCCAUCUACGCGGUCUUGGGAGCCAUACUGUUUACCAUGUUUUUGGCGUUCGACACCCAGCUCCUCAUGGGAAACAAGAGGUAUACCAUAAGUCCAGAGGAGUAUGUCUUCGCCACUCUCAACAUCUACCUGGAUAUUAUUUAUAUCUUUUCCUUCUUCCUCCAAAUCUUUGGAACCAAACAAGAAUAAACCAUCACCCUACCCACCUGACCUUCAGACGAGGGGAACACCAGUAUGCAGGCAGAUGUGAUAAGAGUCGUUUAAAAAAUUUCAGUCAUUGGUGACAAAGAUUCCAACACAGCUUUACCGAGCAAAGCAGCUGAGAUGUUAAUAACCUCGCUCUCUAGCAUGUUUGGGAACCCUUACCACAUUAUAGGGUAGGUUUGCCAGCUUUACCACCCAGAAGUACUUAGAAGUUCAUGAUGUAGCUCCAUUAACGUAGAUACAACAUUCCGUGUGUCCAUACUUGCUGUAGUAUCACAAAUCUCCUGCAAACAAUAGAUGUCAACACUGUUUAGGAGGUACUUGUCUAUAAUAUAUUAUGCAUGACUCUAACUAUGCCAAGUACAGUAACCUCGUCAUUUCUGUGGGUGUUUAUUUAGUUGCUGAAAGCACAAAAGUGAAUUUAAAAAAGACUUGAAAUCUUUUCCUGUGUUUUCAGUUACCUGUUCUUAGCAUUUUGAGCCUAGGUGACAAGUUUUCUGGCUUUUGAAAGACAAUCAUGAAUUAAAUUAUUAAUUUAUUGGAUUUGGGACGUUGCUGCUCGUCGCUACCUUCAUCAAUAUGUUGAUUUUUGCUUCUCUUAACUCUGAAGCUGUCGUUCACAUUGUUGCCGUGUUUGUUAUUAUUUCGUUAUUUGUAGAAAGUGUGUGUUUAAAUCAGAAAACUUUAAAUCAGAAUAUUUAAUUUCAACAAACCUUGAUUUUUUGUAUUAUAAUCUCUGCUCCUAGUAUUAUUUAAACUACAACAAAAUUAAUCUGCAGUGGCAACACGCAAUAAUUUAACAUAACAUGAAAGUGCCAUACAUGCAUGGGUUUACUUUUGAUAAGUCCUGCAUUUGUGCAGGGGCUUGAUGCUGUAUUUCAUGACAAUUGAAGUUUAUUUUUUUAAAAGAGAAUCAUAUAUUUCUGAAAGUUUGUGAUCAAUGUUGAAUGGUUUGAAGCUUGGAAUGAAUUUAUAGGUUUUCUGAAGUCAUCUUGGAUUACAUUGUCUUGAUGAUAUUGAUGCAGUAGUUGCAUAUUGUUCUUUUAAGAGCAUUUCACUGUAGUAGUGGUGUUACUGUAUGCAUUUAUUAAAAGGGUGAAUGUGUGUAAA